GCGAGUCUCGCCUGGACUCCAGCUUAACAUGGCCACGCUGCGCAGGCUGCAAGAGGCGCCUCGGCACCUACUGGUUUGUGAGAAAUCCAACUUCGGCCACGUUAAGUCUCGCCAUAAGCAUCUCGUGGAGACGCACUAUCAUAAUUACAGGGUUUCAUUUCUUAUUCCUGAAUGUGGGUUGUUAUCAAAAGAGCUAAAAGGCCUGGUCAUGGACAUUGGAUCCUAUUACUCUGUGAAGAACUUACCUCUUCAUGAAUUAAUUACACAUGAAUUUAUCAACACCUUUGUAAAGAAAGGUUCAUUCUCUGCAUUAACAUACAAUACAAGUAUUGAUGAGGAUAAUACUGUUGCUCUCCUACCAAAUGGGAAAUUAAUUUUAUCACUGGAUAAAGAUACCUAUGAAGAAACUGGACUUCAAGGUCAUCCAUCUCGGUAUUCUGGUAGAAAAAGUAUGAAGUUCAUCAUUUCCAUUGAUCUAAUGGAUUUAUCCCUUAACCUGGAUUCUAAGAAGUCUAAAAGAAUAUCUUGGUCCUUCAAAGAAAAGAAGCCUUUGAAGUUUGAUUUCCUUUUGGCGUGGCAUCAUACAGGUACAGAAGAAUCAACAAUGAUGUCGUACUUUUCCAAAUACCAAAUUCAGGAGCAUCAGCCCAGAGUGGCGUUGAGCACAGUAAGAGAGCUGCAGUGCCCAGUGCUGCAGAGCAGCAAGCUGGCAGGAGAGCCAGAGGAGGCCUGCAGUGCCCCGGAGCUCUUUGACUGGCUUGGUGCUGUCUUCUGCCAUGCGGACCUAAAUAACGAGCCUUCUGAUUUCAUAUCCACCUACUGCUGUCCCCAGCCAAGCACGGUGGUAGCCCAGGCUUGUCUGUGUACAAUCACAGGUUUCGUAUUGCCAGAGAAGAUUCUUGUCCUUCUGGAACAGCUGUGUCACUACUUUGAUGAACCAAAGUUGGCUCCAUGGGUCACCUUGACAGUUCAAGGCUUUGCAGACAGCCCUGUUGCGUGGAGAGAGAAGGAACAUGGCUUCCAUAAAGGAGGAGAGCACUUGUACAAUUUUGUGGUUUUCAAUAAUCAGGACUAUUGGCUUCAGAUGGCUGUUGGGGCAAAUGAUGACUGCCCACCAUAAAAAAAAUGCAAAGUUUAAAGCCACAUCUUGUUUGUUUGUUGUCAUAUUUCCUCAUCAUAAAGGGCUAUGUGUCACCCAGACUUGCUACUGUAAUUAGCUUCUCAGCUCAGCACUGGUUUGCUUCCUCCUCUGCCAUGGCCCCUGUGUACUAGAUGCUUAUCCUACCAUCAGCUCUGAGCUGAUUUUUCAGUUGAACACAGUGUUGCUCACUGCAGAGCAGAGUAACUGGCAUGAUAGGGAAAAGCAGGAUUGGAGCACUUGGUGAGGUCUCUAGGUGCUAAUCAUGGAUGGACUGUUCUAGUUUGGUUUUCUGUUGGCCACAAGCAACUUCCUUGAGGGAAAGACAGACUACAGUCCUUCAUCAGUGGAAGUUGAAGCAGGAACUUAAGAGACAAGAACUGAAGCAAAUGGGCUGGAGAGAUGGCUUAGGGGUUAAGAGCAUUGAGUACUCUUUGAGAGGUCCUGCGUUCAAUUCUCAGCAACCAACCACAUGGUGGCUCACAACCAUCUGUAAUGGGAUCUAAUGUCCUCUUCUGGUGUGUCUAAAGACAGUGUACUCAUAUACAUAGGAGAACUGAAGCAGAGGCCAUGGAGGAAUGCCACUUUCUGCCUUGCUCACCUAGCUUUCUUAUAUAGCCCAGGACCUGCUUAGGAGUGGUACUGCCCACUGUUGACUGGGCUCCCUUCUAUCAACCAGCAAUCAAGAAAAUACCCCAGAAACAUGCUUAUGAGCCAGGUCGAUGGAGGCAAUUCCUCAACUGAGGUUUCUUCUGCCCAAGUGUAUCAACAGAUAGCCAAGAUGAACCAUCACAAUUUCUGUGUGUCCCCAAGAUCUCAUGUUAAUAUUAAUAAAAUAUAGUACAAAUGGCAAAGU